GAGUGUCUAAAUCCUGCUGUGAAUGAGUUCAAGGCCAAAAUGUUGGCAUUUUUUAGUAAGUAGUUCAGUCAAACUCUGUGUUAAUAUUCACCAUGUAGAUAAUAGAUAGAAGUUUUUCGUGGCCAUCUUCCAUUUUUAAAGCUGGACUACAUAGGGAAAGAUGUAGGUUUAUAAAUGUGGAAAUUCAUCACAAUAACUGAUAUGACCUACAAAAUAAAAUAAAUAUAAGAAAAGUACAUUUUAAUUUUUUUCUAGGUUCACCUAUACUUCCAAAAGAUGUCUACUCUCCUGGAAAACAUCACUGCCAUCAUCAAACUAUUUCACGAAUAUUCAAAAACAGAUAAGGAGACUGACACAUUGAGUGCAAAAGAGCUGAAGGAACUUCUGGAAGCAGAGUUUCAGCCAAUCCUGAAGAAUCCAGAUGACCCAGAUACUGCUGAUGUUUUCAUGCAUAUCCUCGAUGUAGAUCACAACCAUAAAAUAGACUUUACAGAGUUUUUCCUGAUGGUAUUCAAGUUGGCUCAAGCAUAUUAUUAUACCCAGAGACCGAAUUUCAAGACAUUAGGGAAAAAGCAGAAAAAGAAUAGAUACCAUUAUGAAGAUGAUACAGAAGAAGAGGGUAAAGAAGAAAGAGAAAGAAAGUCCAGUCAUUCAAGAAGUGAUGGAAAGAAAGAAGAUAGAACAGAGGAAGAGGAAGAAGGAAGAAGCAGACAUGGGUCUAGUUCUGGAAGGGAAGGAAGACACAGAAAUAGAUCUGGGAAGAAACGUCAUGAAUCAAGUAGGGAAAAGAAAAGGAGAGCGAGUUCUACUGAACUAAAAGAAAGAAGUCACACGUCAAGUGUUAGCCCCAUCAGGGAAUAUGAAGGAAAAGAAGAAGAACGUGGUUACGAAAAUAAAGAUAGAGGAUGUGAAAAAUGGAUAGGAUCAGAGCCUAAGGGCUCAUAUCAAGUUUGUGAAGAAACUGUGACUAUGGAUUUUCAGUCCGGUUGCAGUACACAGCAGGUUUCCAGUAUCAGUAAGGGCAGCGACAGCAAAGAACAUUCACAAGAUUCAGGUAGACAACCAGUGAUCACUCAUGGAAGGUCGCCAUCCAGCUCAAGGAACCAACAUGGGUCUUCCCACGACCAGUCAGGAGACAGCCCUAAGCACUCAGAGUCACAUCAAGGGAGGACAGACACACACAGGAAGAGUGAAUCUGUCCAUGGAAAGUCAGGAUCCAGCACUACGCAAAGACAGGGGCGCCAACAUGAGCAGGAAAAAGACAGCUCCAGACCCUCUGGAACUGGACAUGGACACGCCUCAACUGGAUCCGGAAGCAGUAGGCACAGGGAAUCCAGUGUUGGUCAGUCCAGUGACAGCGAAAUACAGUCAGGAAAUUCAGGUAGAUAUUCUGUGACCACUCAUGGAAGGUCUGGGUCCAGCUCAAAGAACCAACAUGGAUCUUCCCAAGGCCAGUCAAGAGACAGCUCUAGGCACUCAGAGUCACAUCAAGGUAGGACAGACACACACAAGAAGAGUGAAUCUGGCCACAGCAAGUCAGGGUCCAGCACUACUCAGAGACAGGGGCACCACCACGAGCAGGAAAGAGACAGCUCCAGACACUCUGGAACUGGACAUGGACACACCUCAGAUGGAUCCAGAAGUGGGAAAGACAGGGAAUCCAGUGUUGGUCAGUCCAGUGACAGCGAAGGACAGUCAGAAGAUUCACAUAGACAUUCUGUGACCACUCAUGGAAGGUCUGGGUCAAGCUCAAGAAACCAACAUGGGUCUUCCCAUGGCCGGUCAGGAGACAGCUCUAGGCACUCAGAGUCGCAUCAAAGGAGGACAGACACACACAGGAAGAGUGAAUCUGUCCAUGGAGAGUCAGGAUCUAGCACUAAGCAAAGACAGGGGCACCACCAUGAGCAGGAAAAAGACAACUCAAGACACUCUGGAAUUGGACAUGGACACGCCUCAACUGGAUCCAGAAAAAGUAAGCAGAGGGAAUCCAGUGUUGGUCAGUCCAGUGACAGUGAAGGACAGUCAGAAGAUUCAGGUAGACAUUCUGUGACCACUCAUGGAAGGUCUGGGUCCAGGUCAAGAAACCAACAUGGGUGUUCCCAUGGCUGGUCAGGAGACAGCUCUAGGCACUCAGAGUCACAUCAAGGGAGAUCAGCAUACAGGAAGAGUGAAUCUGGCCACGGCAAGUCAGGGUCCAGCACUACUCAAAGACAGGGGCACCACCAUGAGCAGAAAAGAGACAGAUCCAGAUACUCUGGAACUGGACAUGGACAUACCUCAACUGGAUCUGGAAGCAAUAGACACAGGGAAUCCAGUGUUGGUUGGUCCAGCGACGGUGAAGAGCAGUCAGGUGAUUCAGGUAGACAUUCUGUGACCACUCAUGGAGGGUCUGGGUCCAGCUCAAGAAACCAACAUGGUUCUUCCCAUGGCCGGUCAGGAGACAGCUCUAGGCACUCAGAGUCACAUCAAGGGAGAUCAGCAUACAGGAAGAGUGAAUCUGGCCACAGCAAGUCAGGGUCCAGCACUACUCAAAGACAGGGGCACCACCAUGAGCAGGAAAGAGACAGCUCCAGAUACUCUGGAACUGGACAUGGACACACCUCAACUGGAUCUGGAAGCAAUAGACACAGGGAAUCCAGUGUUGGUUGGUCCAGCGACGGUGAAGGGCAGUCAGGUGAUUCAGGUAGACAUUCUGUGACCACUCAUGGAAGGUCUGGGUCCAGCUCAAGAAACCAACAUGGGUCUUCCCAUGGCCAGUCAGGGGACAGCUCUAGGCACUCAGAGUCACAUCAAGGUAGGACAGACACACACAAGAAGAGUGAAUCUGGCCACAGCAAGUCAGGGUCCAGCACUACUCAGAGACAGGGGCACCACCACGAGCAGGAAAGAGACAGCUCCAGACACUCUGGAACUAGACAUGGACAUACCUCAACUAUUUCUGGUAGCGGCAGACACAAGGAAUCAAAUAUCAGUCAGGCUAGCAACACAGAAGGACAUUCAGGAGAUUCAGGUAGACAGCCUUUGACCACCCAAGGAUGGUCUGCAUUCUAUUCAAGGAACCAAAGUCAUGGUUCAGAUCAAGGUUGGAGACAUGGCAGCUAUGGCAGUGCAGAUUAUGACUAUGGACAGUCAGGGUUUGGUCAUUCUCAGGAUGGAAGUGUCAGUCAUGAUUCCAGCCAUAUGGGAGCCAGGGACAGAUUUGAAUAUAGGAGCAUUUAUGGGAUCCAAUAUAACAGGCAGUAACAGACACCCUGCAACAUAUGGCCAUUCAAAUUAUAUUUCAAAACGGUUGAGGUUUGGACAGUCACAUAGACACUAUUAUUAUGAGUGAGAAACUAUUAAAUAAAGUAUUAACCCAAAGAAUUGGAGAAUGACCAAGACAACUUUGAGUCAAGAAAAUGUUCAUUAUACUUUCAGUGAGGUUAUCUUUUCUUGUCAUUUUUUUAAAAAUUAGUUACACUAUUUCUUUACAUUGGUGAUAGUUUCUUUUCAUUCUAUAGGAAGCUUUGAACUUUAUAGUUAGGAACUGGUUAAUGGGAGAAAGCAAUAUCAUGGAGUGCUAAAUUUGGAAAACCAUAAGUAUUUGGGGAGGUUGGGGUUAAGUAAGGAUUUUUCUUUUGAGAGGUUAAGUUUCAGAACCUCUCCAGAUUGGUACAUUAAUAUUUGUAAAAAAAAAAAAAAAAAUCAAAGGAACCAAUAGUAUAAAAUCACUGUUCUGUCAGCCAAAGCUGCUAUAUUAAUAUUAAGGGUCAUCACACUUGCCUCUAUUAUCCUUCUAUUGGAACUCUGUAUUAUUCUUCAUUCAUUAAUCACCUUGGGCACAUAGAAUCCACAAAAAUUGAACUGCAUGAAAACUGAAAAUAAAAAAUUGAUCAUAUAUCAUACUGUGUCUCUUCCAUGCUUCUCAUAGACCCAAAAAGACUUAUCUCCCCAUAGUAAGAAUGACAUAUUUUCCUCUGUCACUGAAAACUAUAUGUCCAAAUGGCAGAUGUUCACCAUGCAAAAGAAAUAAGGAGUCCAAAGAAGAAAAAAUUUAAUCAAAUCCUAUAUCAUUCUCCAACAUAGUCAUUGUUCCAUGUAGUCACCAUCAGGAUGAAAAAAGGCUUAGCUCAAUCAUAGAUAGCAUCAUAAUUAUUACAAAACAUCAA